CGAAGAAUCUGUCGCGACCAUGGAUUGGUUUUCUACCAAAUUACAUCGUCUUAUUGUCCCAGAAAUUCCCGGGUCGCGGUCGGCUUAAUACAAAGAGCUAACCGUGGCUCUUGUUCACAUCAUCGCCUGUGCCGACGAAUGAAUACAGGGUCCGGGAGCAAUUCGUACAUGAAGGAAGUGUCGAGACAUCUUGGAGGUCUCAUUGUUAGCUCUUUUCGUGUACGAGCCUGGGCAAGGGCAUAUCUUGAGCAUGAAAGAAGCCUUGUGCCGAAGAGAGUUACGCGUCCGAAUAGGGAUAUUAUAUUUCAAGUCUGGGACGAUGCCUUCACCACACUAAACUUGUAUCUUGAGUACGGACUUCGGUUUGCUAUUAGCGGGAGGAAUGUUAUUUUAGUCCCCAGCGCUGCUCGAGCAGGAGAUGCGAUAUAUCGAGUUGAUUCGUGCCAUUUGCCCAUAGUAUUGCGAAAGGCUACCGAAAUGUCUCAGAGCCAGAACCAUUAUAAUAUCAUAAACGAAGCUUGCAUCGGUGUUGGAUCUAAUAGGCAAUGGAUUGCCGCUCAUGCUUGUCCAUGGUCAAUACAACAUCCAUUGGAAAACCUACGCUUACUGGUACAGUUAUCUCCGCGCGAGGUCACUAUCACAGCCUCUUUUUAUAUAUUACCAAUAAAUAAAUACCUAAUCAGCAAAAAUGGACAUUUGGAUAUGGUGAUAUCAUUGGGACCUACAUUUUUCCCUUUUAGAGCAACUACAAAAGUUACUUUUUCGACAUGCGCCAGACCGACGCUAAAGUCCGUUUGACGUAACGAGGGGAUAAAUAGCCCUACAUAUUAUGAGACAUCUUUUAUCUCCAUGUGCCGAAGCCGAAGGACGGCGGACGAAGAUCCUGAUUGAUACGAUAACG